AUGCGAGGGAUAGUAAGGAGGUUUUAUGGAAGUAAAAAAAAGAGGAUUGCAGGAGACGGCGGUCGGCAGACGGAGAAUUGGUGGGACGGCGAAUGGUGGAUGGUGUGUGCCAGAGUGGAGGGACGUGGAGCUUUUGCAUUUGAAUGUCGGGCGCUUCGCCAAGUGUGGCGGGUGUACGGAGUAAGGAGAAGAGGAGGAGGAAGAAAAAAAGAUGUUGCAAUGACAAGGCGGUGGACGAGAAGAGUCGAGGAAAGACGAGGCGAUGUAGUAGCGGCGGGUAACAGAGAGAUUGUACGGACCGACGAAACAGAGCAGAUGGGAUGGGAGGAGAGGAGAAGAGAAGCAACAGACAGGAACAGUAUAACGCCGACAAGUCAGCCGAUGAAGAUGCAGGUUGAGACGAAGGUGUGGGUGUGUGGACGCGUUAAUGGUUGUUAUGUUAAGGAAGAAGGGAGGUACUAG